CUUCCCUAUCAGGUGGUGGAAGAUUAUGCUGGAAGAUGGCAGGUCCCUUUGCCACAGCUUCAGGUUCUUCAGACUGCACUUUGUUGUUUCACAUCAGCCAGUGCAUCAUUCCCAGAUGAAUGUGAGCACGUACAAUAUGUUUUGAGUAGCCUUGCUGUGAGUUUCUUUGAGUUGCUGCUGUUCUUUGGAAGAGAUGAGUUUUAUGAAGAGCCCUUAAAGGAUAUUCUUGGAUCAUUCCAGGAAUGCCAGAAUCACCUCCGCAGAUAUGGAAAUGUGAAUCUGGAACUGGUGACUCGAAUCAUUAGAGAUGGUGGCCCAUGGGAAGAUCCAGUGUUGCAAGCUGUUCUUAAAGCCCAGCCAGCAUCUCAGGAGAUAGUGAACAAAUACUUAAGUUCUGAAAAUCCACUGUUCUUUGAACUACGUGCCAGAUACCUAAUUGCUUGUGAACGUAUACCUGAAGCAAUGGCUCUUAUUAAGUCUUGUAUAAAUCACCCAGAAAUCAGUAAAGACUUAUACUUCCAUCAAGCACUCUUCACAUGUCUGUUUAUGUCUCCUGUAGAAGACCAGCUAUUCCGGGAGCAUUUAUUGAAAACCGAUUGUAAGAGUGGAAUUGCUAUCAUCUGUAACACUGAGAAAGAAGGCAAAACUAUGUUGGCUUUGCAACUCUGUGAAUCCUUUCUUGUUUCACAGCUCCAAAAUGGGGAUAUGUACUGUAUCUGGGAAUUGAUUUUCAUAUGGAGUAAACUACAGCUUAAAUCUAAUCCUUCAAAACAAAUUUUUGUAGAUCAAUGCUACCAGCUUUUAAGAACAGCAACUAAUGUGAGAGUCAUAUUUCCUUUCAUGAAAAUCAUUAAAGAUGAGGUUGAAGAAGGCUUGCAAAUUUGUGUUGAAAUAUGUGGCUGUGCUCUACAACUCGACCUUCAUGAUGAUCCAAAAACUAAAUGUCUGAUUUAUAAAACAAUUGCACAUUUUUUGCCAAAUGAUUUGGAGAUCCUCAGGAUUUGUGCACUCUCAAUAUUUUUUCUUGAGCGUUCCUUAGAAGCUUAUCAUACUGUUGAAGAGCUUUACAAACGUCCAGAUGAAGAAUAUAAUGAAGGCAUGAGUAGUGUUCAAAAUCGCGUUCGUUUUGAAUUACUUCCAAUUUUGAAAAAGGGAUUGUUUUUUGAUCCUGAAUUUUGGAACUUUGUGAUGAUUAAGAAAAACUGUGUAGCACUGCUGCGUGAUAAGUCGGCAGUUAGAUUUCUAAAUGAAAGUACACUGGAAAAUUCUGCAGGUAAUCUAAAAAAGACAGUGGGACAGCAAGGCUUGGAUGAAGAGCUUAACUCUUUUACAGAUCACAGCACUGGAGAAACUGAUCCUGAUGAUGUGUCUGGAGUACAGCCUAAAGGUUACCUUAAUACGAAGAAAAGCCUUCCCGCUCUUAGUACUUCCAGAGUAGAUCACAAUGUCCCGAGACACCGGUGUAUGUUAUGUAACAAGGAGUUUCUAGGUGGUCACAUUGUAAGACAUGCCCAGUCUCACCAGAAAAAAGGCAGUUUUUCAUGUGUAAUAUGUGGUAGGAAAUUUAGAAACAAAGGACUUAUGCAGAAGCAUUUAAAAAAUCAUGUUAAGAAGAUACAGAGACAGCAGAUAGCUGCAGUUCAACAGGAUGAUCAGGAAAUCACUGUUGUAGAAGAAAUAAAUUGUUCCAAUUCUUCCAUUUCACUUGAAAAUGGGAAUUCUGAUAAUAAAGAUUUGGAAGUAAAGACUCUUACUGCUUCUAGUGAUGGAAACAAAGAAGUCAUCCCUGAGCAUGUGGUUGAAUUCAUUGAAAUUCCUGUAAGUGUACCAGAUGAUGUUAUUGAAAACAUUAUUGAAAAUGGCAGUCCCGAUACUUCUUUAGAUAAUGCCUUGAAGCCUUUACCUGAAUGUGAGGAUGAUUAUGAGGAGGAAGAGGAUGAAGAAGGUGAUUAUGAAGAAGAUGAUUAUGAUUUGAAUCAGGAAACUUCAGUACUUCAUAAAAUCAAUGGAACUGUGUGCCAUCCAGAAGACAUAUAUGCUACAGAUCAAGAAGGAAACUUUAAGUGCCCUGCUCUUGGCUGUGUCCGGAUAUUUAAAAAAAUUGGAUUUCUAAAUAAGCAUGCAAUGACUGUACAUCCAACUGACUUAAAUGUGCGACAAACAGUAAUGAAAUGGAGCAACGGAAAAUGCAAAUUUUGUCAAAGGCAAUUUGAAGAUUCUCAACAUUUUAUAGACCAUCUUAAUAGACACAGCUAUCCAAAUGUGUACUUCUGUUUGCAUUUUAAUUGCAAUGAGUCUUUUAAGCUGCCACUCCAGCUUGCCCAGCAUACAAAAAGUCACAGGAUAUUUCAAGCUCAGUGUAGUUUUCCAGAAUGCCAUGAGCUUUUUGAAGAUCUUCCUCUGCUAUAUGAACAUGAAGCUCAGCACUAUUUGAGUAAAACACCAGAAUCAUCUGCACAGCUAAGUGAAGCAAUUUUUUGGGAUGUUCAUAAAGAUUCAAAUCCUAAUCAUCAGGAAAAAGACUCAUCUAGUAAUGAGAAACAAAUUAUUAGUCUGCCAGUUUCUACUAGCAAAUCAAGGAAAGAUUCUACAGAACCAAAGACAUGUACAGAAAAUAUGGAAAAGAAAUCAGACAGUUUAGUUCAGAAUGGAAAUGAACAUUCUGAUGGCAGUGUUUCAGAUAUAAGCUUGAUAGACCAAAAGAUGCCUGACAUAGAGCCAAAUUCUGAAAAUAAUUGUAGUAGUGACUUAGUCAAUGGACACAGUGAAACAGAGCAAACACCUUUAGUUUCAUCAGAUCCUCCUCUGAAAAUUGAUACUAAUAGAAUCAGGACAGAAAAUGGUUCCAUUUUACCCAGUGUCGUACCACAAGAACACAAUACCUUGCCAGUAUCUCAGGCACCUUCCAAACCAAAUCUGACAAGUGAACAUACUUCAUAUGGCUUACUUUUAACAAAACCAUAUGUCAGACCAUUGCCUCCCAGUUACCUUGAUGAACGGUAUCUUAGUAUGCCAAAACGCAGAAAAUUUCUGACUGACAGAGUAGAUGCCUGUUCUGAUCAAGAUAACGUUUAUAAGAAAUCAGUGAAAAGAUUAAGAUGUGGCAAAUGCCUGACCACCUACUGUAAUGCAGAAGCACUUGAGGCUCAUCUUGCACAAAAGAAAUGUCAGACACUCUUUGGAUUUGAUUCAGAUGAUGAAAGUGCCUGAUAAAAAUGUUUCAGAAAGAUCUGUCGAUCAAGCAGUAGUGUGAAAAAAGCACUAAGAAAAUGCAUCAUCAGUUUGCUAUUUCCCCGAUGGCCUUAAUUUUAGAGCGGUCUUGGAUUACUAAAGAUAAAGACAAAGCACAUUUUCUAGAAUGAACUCACAGAGGAGAUGUGCUGGCUUCGACUCCAAAAGGGUCAUUAUAAAACUCCCAAAGUACCAGUUUUCCAGAAAACCACAUUUUAAAAAAGUUUAUGAUGAUUUAUAGCAGCAUGUUCAGUUUCGCUUAUAUGAGAAACAUGUUCAGGCAACUAGUCAGAAAGAAAAAACAGCUAUGGCCUUACCUAAAGGGAAAAGUUAACCAGUUAUUAAAGGGGGGGGGCUAGUUUACGAUAGUAAACAAUUUAAAAUAUUUUAUUCCACAAAUGGAAUUUGUUUCCUUGUCAUGUAUAUGUAUAAUCAGAUUAUGUCCUCCUUUCUGGUCAAGCAUGGUUUAAGGAACCAUUUUGUUUGGUAUAUAUUUUGAAACUGAUAUACAUGAAAAUAAAACUUAUCACCAUGCUAUCAAAGAUUGUAACUUGUUUCCAGAUGAUUAAUUAGGCCGAAAUUCAAUGAAUGGCAUGCCAGCAUUGAACAUUAAAAAGCAAAACAAAACAAAAUGCUUUGCUAAUAAGCUCUUGAUAGAACCUCCACUAACCACUUUUGUAAUACAAAUUAGUUAUAUUUUAAGAGGCAUCAGUGUAAGUUAAAUAGAAAAAAACGGUCAGUAACUUUGAGGAGAGAUGGUCCUAAUCUAAGACCAUUACAAGCUGUGUAGUUGAAGGAAAACACUGAAUUGCAAAUUAUUCAAUGUGAAUAAUGGUAAAAGUACACUGGGGUAUUUCUGUUUGUAUAUAGUGUUAGGACAUUACUUGAUGAUUCAUAGUAAGGUCCUUCAGACAUUAAUGUGAGUUAUCUAAGUAUAGUCCUCUAAAAAUAACUGGCUUAAAAAAAAUCUGUAAGAGAAGAAUCAGGUUGAGAAUUCAUUCAUUUUAUUCAGUUAGGAGAAAUCAUUACAAAAUAAGCCAUACUACUCCUGUUUUUUUAUUCAUUAGUGGUGAAUCUGGACUGAAUAAUAACUUUAAUACAUAAAAGGAAGCAUUUACACAGCAAGAACACAUAAGAUAAACUGAUGUAUUGUUUUCCUUGAUGACCAGUAAUUUUCCUAAGGAAGAUUUUAAUUUAACAACAAACUAUUAAACAAUAAGUGUUUUUAAAAAUAUCCUCUCAGAUGUUUUCCACUUGUCCAUUAUUGAAAGGAGGUUGUUUAAAGACCUCCUUUUACCUAAUAGGGUAUAAACCUAAAAUAGAUAAAAAGAACAAAAAUCAAAGGCAAAUUCUUUAAAAACAGACUGGCUAAAGUACCAAAUAUUCCAGUUAUUCUAGAUAACAAGUCUCUGUUCAAAGCAAUCAUUAGAGCUGCUUGAAUGAGAUUACUAGGGAAGUGGGACAUUUUUUCCAGGGCAGCAUCCAGAUUUUAUUAAAUUAGGAUUUCCAGGUCAUGAUAGAUAAGAUGACCUAAAAAAAGAAAAAAAAAUGUAUUUCUCAUAGGCAUUCAGUACUAUGCAAUGAUGGUCAUAAGUCCAUUCCAAAUGUGUUUGCUUUUAUUUUGUUAUGUAGCCUACAUUAGGCUGUGGAAUUUACAUUUACAUUUACAUUUAGAUAACAGAUAAUUACAACUAAUAAUCAAGUCUUUAAAUCCUUUAAGGUCAAAUAAAAAAUGUUUCCCAUAUUUCCUGAUACUGAAAAUGUAAUGAUUGAGUUUUAUUUCAGUUCAUUUUAAAAGUAUGUCUUAUAAUAAAAAGUCUUUAAAAACUGGUUCAGUUGGACAAUGAAGUUUUUUUUGAAAUAUAAUUUCUGCUUUGUACAUUUUCCAGUUUAACAUUUUAUUGCAUUUCUGUUCCGAGUUUUAAUCAUUGCCAUAAAUUCACGCCCACAAAGUGUUACAUUUUCAUUAGUUUUAAAGUUCAUGCCAAGAUAUCGUAAAUAUAUUUCACUUUUGUCUUUAAUUUGGGGUUUAUUUCUUUUAUAUUACUAAGAGAAAACUUUCUGAAAGACUGAGAUCAAACUGGUUUCUACAUAACUAAAGGAAUGUUUAUAAAAUUCUAUUUGGCCAUACUAUUCUGACAUCUUUAUAUACUUCUCAAAUAGUGGCUACUGAAAUAAUGUGUUCAUUUUAUGCCUGUCUGCUAAAACAUAAACCCUUAUCAUUUUGCUUUUGUGAGUGCAUAAACUUCCAAUCAUUCUAAUUUGGGCUUCAGGAGAAAAGGAAGCUUUCUAAUUCAUCAGAUUCUUCUUUUCUUCUACUUUGGAGGAUGUAUUCAUCUUACAUGGACCAAGUUUCAAAUCUUUGUUUUUAAAUAAAAACUCUUUCCAAAAAUAAAUACUAACUUUCUGCUAUAUGUCAGUAAGGUUGAGAAAAUAGCAAAUCUGAAUUUUUGCUGCUCAGAUAUGGAGGAAGUAGAAAAGGGGAACCUCCGUGGACAAGGACACUGGUACUUUGGGCCUUAGCCAUAUUGAUUUUUCAAAAACUAAUUAUGCAUAGAUAAUUUAUAUCAUUGAACUUGUGAUUCUUUUCAAAUCACGCUGAAGUUUCAGCUGUGCUCCUUUCAUGUUUGGUUGAAUACUGUUGUAUGGAUGAAAAACCUAAAAGGGAUGAUAGUGUUUAUUUUUUAAUUUAUUUGGUACUGUAAAACACCUUUUCAGAAUGAGUAAAUGCUGCAUAUGCAUUUUGGAAUUGUUAAUAAUGUGAAAGCUAUUAGCUUCAGCAAGAAAGGAAAUUUGUGCUUCCUUGUUGAACAUUAAAUUAUUUUACUUUGCAUUUUAUAAGAGUACAAGUUAAAACUGAGCCAUUGAACUGCAAUAAAUCAACAAUAGUGUCUCAUUUCAAGAAAUUUUUUGUACUGUACAUAGAUUUGUUCAAUAAAACAUGUCCUUGUUGGUAA